CUCUCUCUAGAUUGGCUUAUACCCAUCUCUCUCUCUCUCUACAUCAAACACCUAUGAAUCUCUCUCUCUCUACAGCUAGCAGCCAUGAAUAUCCAUCUCUUACCCCGUUUUACCUAUCGUCUCUCUUUUUACUGUCAAAGCAGCAAAAUGUGGACUUUCUCUCUCUUCCUUGGGCAUCGUGAAGAACACUCCUAAUCCCCCCCCCCUUCACUGCACAACGUUCCUUCGACGGAAGCCACAAUAAACAAACAAAACACACAGACCACUAUCCUCUCUCUCUCUCUCUCAAAACACACUCUCAACCCUGUCGUUCACUUUCUCUCCAUGAGUGACCGAAACGCACCUCUCAAAACACGCCUCUCUCUCUCUCUCUCUCACUUGAAUAGAAAACCGUAAGGGGCUCAACGCUGUCCCCCACUCUCUCUAGCUACCUUCUUCUUGGGUAGUUCACAGUCACCGUUUUGGUGUCUCGGCCUCUCUCUCUUCCACUUCCAGUAGUGGCGCCACCUCUUCUCCACGACCAUGUUCCUCAUUUUCCUCCUCCUCUUCUCUCUCCUCGUCGGGAAACCAUCCGCUAUUGCGGGUAAACCAUUUACAAUCUAUCGAAGGGUCCUCCACCAGCCAUUUUACCCCACAAAUUCUGGUGCUCCAGCCCCUCCUCUCUCUCCUCCACCACCACCAGAAAACCAGAUUCCGGUCAAUGGUGAGCCGUUCUUUCCAACACUUGCUCCCCCAACUUCAAACCCCACAUCGAAGCCAGCUCCGACCACCUCUUCUGUCACAAUUCCGGCCAAUAUUUCCGGCCUAAUCCGCCCAAACACGCCAGAAAGCCACCCCAGAAUCGCUGCAAAAAUCACAGUCGCUGUUGUUGUGAUUUUAGCCACUCUUGCUGUCGUAUUUUUGUUGGCUUACUAUAUCAGGAAAUCUCGUCGAAAUUCAGGCAAUGGGGUUUCAUUAAAAGGGUCUCGAAGUUCGAGAUCUGGUAGCCUGAGACUUUUUCCGGCGGCGAAUUCCGGUACCAAAGUUGGGGUCUCAACGAGCUCUGAUGUGCUCUAUUUGGGAACUGUUAAUGCUGUCUCUCCUUGCCAGAAAAACGUCGACUCGCCAGAAAACAGGCCGGAAUAUCGAUACAGCCCAGAAAUCAGGCCAUUGCCGCCUCUAUCCAGGCCGGUUUCUGGUGAGAAUGUGGCUUUUCCCAGCAAUAAUGUGGCUUUUCCCAGCAAUAAUGGGGCUUUUUCUGGCGAGAAUGUGGCGUUUUCUGGUGAGCCUUUGACAGAAUCUGGCGAAUCCGAGGACGAGUUCUAUUCACCAGGGGGGUCGCCCAAUACUAGUUCUGCCGGAUCUAAUGGCCAGAAAAACGUGCCGGUGAGUUUACCAUCCAAGGGGUUUAGCUUGAGCUCGAACACGAGCACACCUUCUUAUCCUUCCUCCAACUUGACUUCUGCAACUCAUUCAAGGUCGAAUAGUCCAUCUCCUAAGCAGAGUGGUGAGCUUAGAGGGAAUUCAAUGCGAGAAUCUGGGGAAGAAGAUAACGAAAACUUGAUCUUCCGGCCACCUCCACCGCCCUUUCCGGGGACCCAUUCGCCGGAAUCCGACAGGAAGGCAAGUUUUCGUCCAUCUCCAAGGACCAAUUUGCCCGGAAAUGCAGGAAAAUCCGGCAAUGAAACUGAGGUUUCUGGCAACUUAGAGAAGUUAUUUAAUGAACCCAAUAAAGAAUCAGAGGACCGUAGUGAAUUUUCAGGCAAAUUAUAUGAGUUUUCGAGCAAAUCCACCAAAGUUUCAGCCCCCUACAGUGAUUUUGAGAGCCCCCCAUCGAGAAGCUUGGGUGAUCGAGAUAGAGUUGCAGAGAAAUUUUCAGGUCAAAGAGAUGAACUUUUCGGCAAGGUAAAUGAAUUUUCCGGCGACCCAAUAAAGGUUUCAGACUCCCUAAGUGGUUUUAAGAGCCCCCCAUUGAGAAGCUUGGGCGAUAAAGUGAGGGACCCAACAAAGGUUUCAGACCCACCAAGUGGUUUUGAAAGCCCCCCAUUGAGAAGCUUGGGGGAUAAAGUGAAAGUUCCAGAGGGAAUCUCUGGCCAAAAGAAUGAAUUUUCCGGCAAGUUAUGUGAGUUUUCCAGCAACUCGACUAACACUUUUGACCCCCCAAGUGGGUUUGAGAGCCCCCCAUUGAGGACCAUUGGCGAAAAAGUUAUAGCAGAGGGAUUUUCAGGCCAAACAGAUGAACUUUCCAGCAAGCCGGCUCAAAUUUCAGGCCAAAAUUCAGGCAAGCAACCAGCAAGGGCACCACCUCCUCCUCCACCUCCCCCUCCACCAUUUCCAUCUAGAUUUUGGGAGCCUUCUCUUCUCACUCCAUUGCCUAGACCUAUGAGUAGGCCUCAGUCUCUGGUUACUCCAGAGAGCAAUGGAGAAACUCCAUCAAGUUUUCUGGAGGGUGAUGCUGGAAUUUCGGAGAAUUCCGGUGAGAAGAGUGAUGAUAACCCCCGCCCCAAGUUGAAACCUUUGCAUUGGGAUAAGGUCCGGGCGAGCUCAGAUCGAGCAACAGUGUGGGAUCGGUUGAAGUCAAGCUCUUUCAAGUUGAAUGAGGAGAUGAUCGAGACACUCUUUGUCUGCAAUAAUGCGAACUCAGUUCAAAAGGACACAAAUAGACGACUGGUCCUUCCUUCACCCAAUCAAGAGAACCGAAUCCUUGAUCCAAAGAAAUCUCAAAACAUAGCUAUACUCUUGAGGGCACUUAAUGUGACUAAAGAUGAAGUUUGCGAAGCCCUUCUAGAAUGUAACACUGACAGCAUCAGUUCUGAGCUUUUGGAGACUCUACUUAAGAUGGCCCCAACUAAGGAGGAAGAAGUGAGACUGAAAAAGCAAGCAGAUAUAUCAAAACUUGGGCCAGCUGAACGUUUCCUCAGUGCUCUCCUGGAUGUCCCUCUCGCUUUCAAGAGGGUUGAAGUUAUGCUUUACAUGGCCAAUUUUGAAGUGGAAAUCAGUUAUCUCAGGAAGUCCUUUGAAAGCCUUGAGGUGGCAUGCGAAGAGCUUCGUAGCAGCCGCCUCUUCCUGAAGCUGUUAGAAGCUGUCUUAAAGACCGGAAAUCGCAUGAAUGUUGGCACAAAUCGAGGGGAUGCUCGAGCCUUCAAGCUCGACACCCUCCUCAAGCUUGUAGAUAUCAAAGGAACUGAUGGCAAAACCACUCUCCUCCACUUUGUGGUCCAAGAAAUGAUACGGACCGAGGCCUCGCGCCUUCCUGACCAUGAAGACCCUGCUGGAUUCCGGUUGACGGAAAACCAAAUCCCAACAAAUGAUGCUGGAUUCCGGCAGCUCGGCCUCCGUGUGGUUGCCGGCCUUGGUGGAGAGCUCGAGAAUGUGAAGAAAGCAGCAAGCAUGGACUCUGAGGGUCUCAGUAACUGUGUCAUAAAGCUUGCUAGAGGUCUCGAAGACUUCAAUGGAAUUUUGAAUUUGUUGGAGAAAGAGGGGGGAGGGUUCUUCAAGGUAGGGUCGGAAUUUUCUAAGAGGGCCGAGGCCGAGAUUAUAAGGGUACGAGCUGAAGAAAGUGUGGCAUUAUCACUCGUUAAGGAGAUUACAGAGUACUUUCAUGGUGAUGCAGAAAGAGAGGAGGCGCACCCAUUUAGGAUAUUUGUGAUCGUAAGGGACUUCCUCUCGGUGCUCGAUCGGGUUUGUAAGGAUGUGGGGAGGCUUCAUGAUCGAACGGUUGUGAGCGCUGGACGUAAUUUCCCUGUUCCUGUAAAUCCCAUGGCUCUGAAUGUUUUUCCAGGAUUCAGAGCGAGGAGGUUGGAGAGCUCUGAUGAUGAUAGUGGUAGCUCGUCGCCUUAAUGGCUGGAACCCAGUGAGUUUUCUGGUAAAGGGUAAAGAUGGAUUAUCUAUUUUUAGCUUAAUUAUGGCGGGCGAUAUGUUUGUUUUGAAUGUAAAGUUGUGGAUGUAAAAGGUGGUGAAUUCUUUUUUGGGUAUUUAUAUAAUGAGGCGAGUAUUCAGGGAAAUAAGCAAGGGUGCAAGGCAAUGCAAGUAGCCAGGAAAACCAUGAGGAUGAGCACGUAUUCGGUGAGGCCGAGUUAUGAAAAGCUUGCCGGAUAGAGGGACAGAUGAACGGAAACUGCCCUUAAUUGGGGGACUUGAUGUUCCCCACACGCCCGUGACAUCUAUCCUUGAUCAGGCUGGAGGCCAUGUGAGGGGCCACUGAAUUUGUAUCCUUGAAGCAGGCACAUUUUGGGAAAUGUAAUGGACAGAUAAAAGUAGUCACACAGAAGAUGAAAUGGGGAAAAUUUACGAAGCCAAGGGUAGUUUGGCCGGGUCUUAGGAUUUUGAUGGUCUUACCAUGGAAAUAUGUAAAUUACUUCAGGCAUGCUUGGCUAUCUGAUUGAACUGUGCUUCUUCACAAUUAAUUACAUACAGUAUAUGUUUAUCUAUUUGUAUGUAUAUCAAACUCCUGCUAAUAAUUGCCAGUUUUGAAAACUUUCAGCCUA